CAAUGUCUUGCAUGUUACAGACUUCACUGUUCCCAUCAGCUUGGAGAUAACAUGUGGCUCUUGACAGUUCUACUCCUUUGGGUCCCAGCUGGUGCACAAACAGACCCCGUAAAGGCAGUGAUCACCUUGCAGCCUCCAUGGGUCAGUGUAUUCCAAGAGGAAAGUGUAACCUUAUGGUGCGAGGGACCCCAUUUGCCUGGGGACAGCUCUACACAGUGGUUUCUCAAUGGCACAGCCACUCAGACCUUGACCCCCAGAUACAGAAUCGCUGCUGCCAGUGUCAAUGACAAUGGUGAAUACAGGUGCCAGACAGGUCUCUCAGUCCUAAGUGACCCGAUACAGCUGGAAAUCCACAGAGACUGGCUAAUACUCCAGGUCUCUGGCAGAGUCUUCACGGAAGGGGAACCUCUGACUUUGAGGUGUCAUGGAUGGAAUAAUAAGCUGGUGUACAAUGUGCUUUUCUACCAAAAUGGCACAGUCUUGAAGUUUUCUCCUCAGAAUUCUGAAUUUACCAUUCUGAAAACCACCCUACAUCACAAUGGCAUCUAUCACUGCUCAGCCAUGGGAAAGCAUCGCUACGAAUCAGCAGGAGUAUCUAUCACUAUAAAAGAGCUAUUUCCAGCCCCAGUGCUAAAAGCAUCCUUGUCAUCACCCAUCCUGGAGGGGCAUGUGGUCAAUCUGAGCUGUGAAACAAAGCUCCUCCUACAGAGACCUGGUUUGCAACUUUACUUCUCCUUCUACAUGGGCAGUAAGACCCUGCUGAGCAGGAAUACAUCCUCUGAAUACCAGAUACUAACUGCUAAGAAAGAAGAUUCAGGGUUAUACUGGUGCGAGGCUACCACAGAAGAUGGCAAUGUCGUCAAGCGCAGCCCUGAGUUGGAGCUUCAAGUGGUUGGCCCCCAGACACUAACUCCUGUUUGGUUUCACGUCCUUUUCUAUGUGGCAAUGGGAAUGAUAUUUUUGGUGGAUACCAUUUUCUGUAUGAUUAUACAUAAGGAACUGCAAAGAAAGAAAAAGUGGAAUUUAGAAAUCUCGUUGUACUCUGGUCUUGAGAAAAGAGUAGAUUCCUACCUUCAAAAGGAGAGAGAUUUAGAAGAGCCAAAAUAUCAGGAACUCGAACAGCUGCAAGAAAAGACACCCCAGAAGCCCCCAGAGGGAGAGCAGCAGUAGAGCCCAGGGGGUGCCCAUGGAUUGAGAUGGUGCCUCCCACUUCUUUUUGGUGCGUGCAUUGGGGUGCAAACACCCAAAAGUUUGAAGACGUUAGAACUCUGAGUCCCAUGUCAUCUGAUUAACUCUGAAAU